AUGACAUCGACCUCCGAAGCGAUGGCACAUCUGGUCGAGCAUCUCAAUGGUCUGUAUUUGUGUCGCGAAACACAAAUCAGUCGAUUAUAUGAAUAUUUGCUGCGAUUGUGUCCAACGAUUAUCGUCUAUGGCUUGAGAUCCACUGCCAAGACAUCGGUGGUGAAGACAUUGUGUGCGACCAGCCAUUCGUUGUACGCUUACAUCGACUGCAAGGAGUUCUUCACCAAUAAAAUGUCUUUGUCUCAUUUCAUCGAUCACUUGAAGACCAUUUUGGAUCAAUUCGUCGCUAACGCUAACCUUAAGACUAAACAAUCUUCGAAACCAGUCUUCAGUCAGUGUAUUAUAGUCUUGGAUUCAAUGGAUUCAAACCAUCACUUAAUCAACACAUCCAACAACGAAAUCAUCACUUCUUUGAUUAAAAUACAAGAAUUAACGCAAAAUUCGAGUGAAUGGUUUUGUCGGAUCACUUCAUCCCCGGUCUCUGCCAUUCAAAUCAAUUUCGAUAACUAUAGCCUUCAAGAGAUGUCUACUAUUCUCACCAAAGACUGUCCAAAAGGUUAUGACAAACACUUCUAUCAAAAUUAUGUGAAUAUAAUUGUGAAGACUUUAAUCCAAAUGAGUAGUAAUUUAAGUGAAAUGCGGUCCAUAUGUUUGGCCUACUUUUGCAAAUAUGUCGAACCCAUCACUAGUGGCCACAUGUGUGCCACCGAUUCGGCCAAACUAUACAAACGAUUUCAACCGAUUCUCGUCGAUAUAAUCGAAGACAUCUCAUUAAAAGUGGUCAAUAAGAGCGCCGACAGACACGUGUGGCCCGACUCCAUGAAAUACCUGUUAAUAUCGUCUUAUUUAUCGUCUUAUAAUUCAGUGAAAAAUGACAAAAAAGUUUUCGUCAAAUACGAGGGGAAGAAGAGGAGGGAAAGGAAGCGUAAGAUUGUCACCGAAGAGCGUGACUUCAGUGGUCCAAAAGGGGCCACAUUUGAACGCCUGCUCCACAUCUAUAGGGCUCUCAUUGAACUGAACGCCGAGAACGACGACCAAUACCUGAAGGAUUCGUCCAAUAAAUUGUUGUCUGAAUUGCAAGAAUUGGUUGCUUUGAAGCUCAUUCUGAGAACUCAAUUCACAAAUAAAAGCAAUUGUCUCUCAAAUGAGAGGAACGGAAUGGAAAGGCGUUUGGAGUUCGACUCCUUAGACACUGAUAAAGCGCUUGCGUUCUCAUCGAUCGAAAGGGCUCUUUAA